CUUCUCUGUUGAUGCCUGGGUUGGAGAGAGCAGUGUGCAGGCAGUGUCAGCCGCAACAGUUGAGCCUGCUAUUCCUCACCAUCAGGAGGAAAACUCAGAGCUCAGCAAAACUCCCCAUCUUUUAAGAGAGAGAUACUCAGACCUAACAGAAAGUUUACUUUGCCAAUGAAUACUGCUUGAUUGCAUCUGGAAGAAAAUGGGUACCGGGGAUUAUAUCUGCAUUACCAUGACUGGAGGUGCUCCUUGGGGCUUUAGACUUCAAGGAGGAAAGGAUGAAAAACAGCCUUUGCAGAUUGCCAAGAUUCGUAACAAAAGCAAAGCAUCCAAUGCUGGGUUAUGUGAAGGGGAUGAGGUUGUAUCUAUCAAUGGCAACCCUUGUGCGGAUUUGACCUAUUCUGAAGUUAUUACCCUGAUGGAAGGCCUGGCUGACACUUUACAGAUGCUUAUUAAGAGAUCUUCCAGUGUUGUAAGUGAGACCCUAAGUCUUGAAAAGAAAAAUGGAAGACAUAGUGAAACCAAAAAUGAAGAAUAUAAAGAAAGUACUACUCUGCAAAUCAGAACAGCAGUCUCCAAGGCUCCCCAGGAAUUGCUGAUUACAAGGGUAAUUGAGGCAUCGACACCAAAAGAUGUGGAACAAAGUCGUGUGGAUUUUUCUGGGACAAAACAAGAAAAAGAGCUAACCCAUUGCCACAAAAUCCCCCUGAAAGUCAUAGAAGCCCCAGAAGCACACUUAAUCGACAUGCCUGCUCUCACUACGUGGACUGGAGAAAGCCCAGGCCCUACAGUUGAGCUGAAGUUGUCCCUCUCGCAUGAUAACCUCAAAGGCAGCAAUGCUUCUACAGUGACAGUCCCAGGGAUGGAAGACUAUAAGCCUCUGGAAACAGGACCCACCCUGGUGAAAGAUGGGACUAGCUGGGUAACUCCAGAUCCUGAAAUUAAAAAAGACUCUGCUGCCCAGUGGUCAAGCAGGCCAUUCCAGAUUGCUAGCGGUAACAAGGAGGUCAAGGCCAUCUAUGGAGCGGAGACAAAGGAGCCUUCUCUCACCAAAGUGGAAGUGAUCCUGGACUGCUCCAACCAGGCAAAGGAAGGCUCCGGGUCUCCAGCUGAAAAGGGGUGUGUGGAUUCUCCGUUGGAAGGAGGGCAGUCGGAAGCACCUCCUUCUGUCGUCUCCUUUGGAAUCUCAUCCGAAGGCACCGAGCAGGGAGACGGGGAUCAGCACUCCGAAAGGGAACAUAGCAGACCUCACAAACACCGAGCAAGGCACGCCAGGCUCAGACGGAGUGAGAGCCUGUCAGAAAAACAGGUGAAAGAGGCCAAAUCUAAAUGUAAAAGCAUUGCCUUGUUGUUGACGGCAGCUCCAAAUCCCAAUUCCAAAGGGGUGUUGAUGUUCAAAAAGCGUCGCCAAAGGGCCAGGAAAUAUACUUUGGUCAGCUACGGCACCGGGGAGUUAGAGCGUUACGAGGACGAGGGUGAAGAAGACGAGGAGGAGGAAGGUGACAAAGAAAACACCUUUGAAGUGACCUUAUUAGGCACAAGUGAGUCAGAAAUUGAUGAAGAUUUCUUCUCUGAUCUUGACAAAGAAGACCGGAUUGUGACAUUUGACUGGGACACUGGGCUGCUUGAGGUUGAAAAGAAACCAAAAAGUGGGGACGAGAUGUCUCAGCUUCUUCCAGACAGCAAGGGCAAAGGGGCACUGAUGUUUGCCAAAAGACGUCAAAGGGUGGACCAGGUCACGGCUGAACAAGAGGCUAUGAAGAUGCAGGGAGUGCACAGAAGCUCUGAGGAGCACCAAGAAAUCACUUCAGUGGAAAACACUCACAAAACGAGUUCUUCUUUGUACCAGUCAAAACAAGAAGCUUCCAGAGUUCAGCAGAGCCACGUUAGCAAAAGCUACAUAGAAGUGAGCCACAGUCAUGGUACAGCAAUUCAGCAAAAUGGCCUUGGGGUUGCUCCUGAAACAAAUAUGAUAUAUCCAUCUUCAGCAACUUCAAACAGAAUGGCUAAACCUUUCCCUGGUGUACAGAAUAGAGCAGCAGCUCCAUUUUCACCCACUAGAAGUAUGACUAGCCCCCUCUCAGAUCUACCUGCACCGCCUCCUUAUACAUCGGUCAGCCCACCGCCUGAAGCCAUGUACCGAACUGUUUUGACUCCAGUUGCCACCAGCACAACUCAGUCAACUCUGUUGUCUCCGGUGGAAUCAACUGAACAGAUUGCAUCCAGAGAUGAAAGGAUUGCAGUGCCUGCCAAAAGAACUGGAAUUUUGCAAGAGGCAAAAAGAAGAAACACAGCAAAACCAAUGUUUACUUUCAAAGAAGCCCCCAAGAUGAGUCCCAAUCCUGCUCUUUUGUCCCUUGUGCAAAAUACAGAAGGCAAAAAAGGUGCUCCUGUGGGCUUUGAAUCAGGCCCCGAAGAAGACUACCUCAGUUUGGGAGCAGAGGCAUGCAAUUUCAUGCAAAUCCAAGCAGCCAAACAGAAAAUCCCACCUCCAGUGGCUCCAAAGCCAUCACUUAAGGUUUCUCCUACAACCACAACACCAGUAUCACCAGUUUGGUCCCCUCCAGCUGUGGCUGUUUCCCAGCCUCCUGCCUUUCCAGUUCCACAUUCGCCUGAAGUAACUGUUCCAGCAGUUGUCAAAACAGUACAACCUGUUUAUCUCCCUCCACAGCCUCCUACCACUCUUAAUCUAACUAGUCCCCUUAAAGGACCUCAAAUAGCAACAUCACAUCAAAAUUACACACCUAGAGCUACACCCACCACACCACUAGGAAACAGUGUGCUUGCAGGAGGAGUGGGGCCAGCUUUUGAAAUGCCCCCAGCUUUGAGUGGGAAGGGAGCCCAGCUCUUUGCCAAAAGGCAAUCACGGAUGGAGAAGUAUGUAGUUGACUCAGAAACUGUGCAGGCCAAUAUGGCCCGGGCUUCUUCACCAACACCAUCUUUACCAGCUUCUUGGAAAUAUUCAUCAAAUGUCCGAGCACCACCACCUGUAGCAUACAACCCUAUCCAGUCUCCAUCUUACCCUCUGGCUGCUACCAAACCACAGUCAAAGUCCUCAGGAGUUGCCAAAACAACCAAGAAAAAGCCUAAGAAAGCACUUAGUUCUUUGGAAGUUAUGAAGCAUCAGCCCUACCAACUUAAUGCAUCCUUAUUUACUUUUCAACCUCCUUCUGAUAAUAAAGAAGGCCUGCCCAAACAAGCUACAAAGUUUGACUCAGUGUCCUCCUCAAAACAAGCUCUACCUUCAAGAUCUCUCAAUGCUGGUUCUCCUUCUAAUGUCAGAGCCUCUUCGGUGUACUCUGUACCAGCCUACAGUUCACAACCAUUCUCCCCGUCAAAUGCUUCUAGCCCUUUAAUUGAGUCCUGUGCACCAACAGUUCACUCUACUUUUCCGAAGCAAGAAUCACCUGCCUCCUCUAUGUUUACUACUCCCAAGCCAAAGUUCUCAGCCAAGAAAGUUGGUGUCACAGCGCAGGGAAGAGGCAGCGAGCGAUCUCUGUCAAUCUCUGGAUGGCCUCCUUCAACCACUUUGCGAUCCAUGUCGCCUAUUUCUCCUGGGAUGUUCCAACCUGUCCCUGAUUACUUUAGUAAAGUAAUGCCUACAGGAGCCGACAAGCCUGGCAAGAGGCUAACUCCUUGGGAAGCUGCAGCCAAGUCUCCUCUUGGACUUGUGGAUGAUGCUUUUGGCCCACAAACCAUCCAAGAGUCCAUUGCAGCAAAUGUUGUGUCGGCUGCUCGGAGGAAAACACUUCCUGCCCCGCCUGAUGACUGGAAACAAAAAGUGGCUUAUGAGCAUCCAGCCCCAAGUGCCCAUACAAAAUUAUCAUCUAUUGGAAGGGGUCAUUCAGCAACCGUCUACCCUCCGAAGAGCACAAUGUCCGCUCCGAGCUCCACAGCCCAUUCUGGCUCUCGGCUGCAGCAUGCAUAUUAUGACCAACGUGCCCGAACUGAUCCUGACAUGGUCUCCAUGUAUUCCAGGUCUGAUUACUGCCUGUCAAUAUCUGACCCCAACUAUAACCCACAUCCUAAGGGAUGGAGGCGUCAAACAUGAGAAACAGAAGAUCACUUCUUAGUUUUUCUUCUUGCAAUGUUAUGAGUCUUAAAUGCCACGAAAAUUUGAAAAUGGGAAGUGGCAGCCAGCAUGAAUACAUGUUUUAUGUAGUCUCAACAGAUCAAGAGUUUUCUAGAAUGGAGGAGAGUGUCUGAGACACUGAGUCACAUUUCUCACUAAUGCAAACACAUUUUGAUCCCAGUUUAAAGAUAUUCUUUGUCUUUCAGUGAGAGUGUUUGGGUUUGUGCAUGCACAUGUAUGUUAAGAAGUCCAAGAAAGCACAAAGCAGAUAUGCAAAGUUAUGAUGGAUAUCACCUUAAGUGUCUCAAAACAAGCCCCCAAACCCAGAAUUCCCGUUUCUGAUUCUCAACCUAUUCCUGGCAGGUUUAAGAGUCCAUCUGCGUUUCUGGCCACUUUACAGCCUUAUGGAAUUUCUGGGUUUACUUUCAAUGGAAAUGUCAUUCCUCAAUUAAAUAUCAGAGAGUGUAUCUGUUCAACAUGAUUAUAGCAGUCCAAUACAUCAUGGCUAAACCCUAAAUAAUCCCUGUGUAUGGUAAGAUACAGAGUAUUAACUGUUCUAGAUGUGUAGUGCUGUAACUCAAGGAAAUUUCCAUGCAGAAAAUUCAAAAUACUGUGUCAUCAAACUACAUAUUCCAAGAUUCCUUACGAUGGAACAAUGGCAGUUGAAAAUAGUUCAGACUGGUCUAACUGUGUAAUAUAAAUAUAUUCUUAGUUGUGAUAUUUAAAAAAUUUGUUCAGCCAGCUAUAACUUUUCUAUCUUGCAAAGCUAGGAGAGAGUAUAGUCAGUGCCAGAUUUACCAUUAUGCACUUAAGCACAGGGCCCAGUUGGCCGGGGGGGCAUCUUUGUGGCAUUUUUUCAACGCUGGAUUUUGUUUAUGUAGUGCAAUUGUAAAUUUGAAAGCAUUCUGUUUCAAAGUGAUUCCAGACAUAAUGAUAGAGUUGAUAGUCUAUGGGAGUGUGCCACAAAGCCGGCAAUGUAGGCCUACUGGGCCUAUCUCUUUUGGGGGCCAAAUAAUGGGUCUCAUAACUUCACUAGCACAGGACUUCAUUUGUCCCAAAUCCAGCACUGGGUAUAGCAAUUUUGUUUUUGCCUGAUCCUGAGAAAAGCAACAAUUUGCCCCUUUGUCUCUUCUCGCACUUACUGCAUUGAGAACAAACUACAUAUGCUAGUUAAAUACAUUCUGUAGUGAGUGAAAUAAGUAGGGAACAAAUGGAGAUAAAGGGAGACAGAAUCUAUAAGAUUUUAAAAGCAGCUGGAAAAGGGGGAUCAUGAAGGAUUAACCAGAACUGGGAUUUGGGAUAGUUGGAGAAUAUAUUGUUGUUGUAUGGCUGGUCAUGCAGAUUGUGAGAUUCUGGAACUUUCAGACAUUUAGUUCUAUCUAAUGCAAUCUACAAACUUGUGAAAACAAGUUUGGACUUGGCUGUUCUUUGGCAAUAUAAAAAUAACACUUUUUUUUUUACAAGAUUCUGGAUCUGAUCACAUGGCAGGUUAACUAGAGAAGAAAUUCAACAUGUUCUGUGUGGUCUUCCCCUUCCCCAACACCCAGAUCCAAUAGAUUUGAAUAGUACAGACAGAGAAUGUUGGUUGUGUUUGCAACAUUUUGGGAGCAAUUCAAAGGUUUUUUAAUAUGUGUAUAUAGAGCAAAAUCAUCCAGUCGGGUAUAGCUUCUUUAGUAGAUUGAUAAACAGGGCAGAUAGAUCUCACAAGGGCUUAUGACUAUGAGGAAGUCUUGAUGUAUGAAGACAUCAUUGCUACUAUACAAGGAAAAUGCAAGAUGAUGCAAGCAGAAAGCAAUGGUUUAGAUUUCAUUGAGAGUGAGCAAUAGGCAUAUUGCAAGGUUUAUGAAACAGUCAAUCCACUUUGGCCUUGAGAGUUUGUGCUUGUUUCUGAAAUAUGUACUUUGCUAGUCAUGCAGUGGAACACAUUUUCCAGUGUCCCUGCAUAUUUGUUGGGAAGCUUUUGGUUUGGUAAGAGGUCUUAGUAAGGGUAGAGAGCAAAAAAGAUUUACGUUUUAGGAAGUCGUUUUUAUGUAGAAGUAGGUUUAUGUUAUGUGUUCAAUGGUUUGAGUCCAGUUUAAGGCAACUCCUUUGAAUAGUCACACAUUAAAAACAUUGGACUAAAUCCAAUGUUCUGCUGGUCAUUGACAGGGCCUUUAAUAGGGGAGGUACAUUGGUCUGGGGUCUGGUGAGCCAAGGCGAGGCCAAUGAAUUCUAAGCAGAAAAAAAGGACAGCAGACACUCUUCCAACUUUAUCUCAGAGUCCUGGUUAUUUCCAGCCCUAAACUUCCUGAAACUUGGUUGCAAAAGGUUUCUCAAGCCUCCAGUGUUGGUUUGGCGCUUGCAAACAAGGCUAUGGAGAUAAAAGGGAUUACUCCCCUUCCAGUUAUGUUGAAUCCUGCCAAUGUACCAGAAGAAGGCCAUCAUUAGUUACUGCCUAUAAGAAUCACUUUAAGAAAAAUACUUGGCUUUAUGUUCAUUGCAUCUUCCAGGUAUCAAGAGGGCAAGCAUAGACAGCUAAACACAUGUAUGUCUAUCUUCUGUUUCAAGGCCUUAAGCAUCUUAGGUCAUGUCUAAAUGGGUCAAAUAAAAAGUUGUCAAUGUGUUAUUGAAGGCUUUCAUGGCUGCAAUCAUUGGGUUGCUGUGGGUUUUUCGGGCUGUAUGGCCAUGCUUCUGUAGCAUUCUCUCCCAACAUUUUGCCUGCAUCUGUGGCUGGCAUCUCCAGAGGUUCAACAGUUGUCACCUUAAACCUACUUUGAGCAUUCCAGGCAACAUGUGGCCAGUUUCUUAGUAGAAGCAGUUCUUGCAGCCAUUAAUCCAUCACAAGAAGAACCACAGGUUACUACAGAGCUUCCAAGAAACUCCAGAGUAACACCUAGUCUUUUUGAUGGGCUGCCAAAUGUCCCAUGGUACAUUGGGGGCAGACUACUCUAGAGUAUUUUGCCUGAUGUAGACAUAGCCUCAAUCUGCAUUAGUAUACAAAGCUAUGUUGUAGCACCUUAGACACUAACCGAGGGAAAGAUGUUUGUCACAUAUGCUUUCAUAGAUUGUAUCUGAGUCUACAAAAGCUUAUGCGUGCUUUCAGUUAGUCCCUUAGGCGCUACAAGAUCUCUUUGUAUGUGUCUGUCUGUCUGAUAUCAUCAAAGACCAAUGAUUCAGCCUGCAUAUUUUCUGAGCAUGACUUAGUGCAUUGAGGGCUAUGUCCUGCAGUUUCCAGGAAUAGACAUGUGCUUAAGGCUAUACUCUUUCUAAUCAUAACAAAUUGAGAAUCAAUAUAAUUCUAGUAAAAUCAAUGGAACAUGUUUCUGAGUAUUCAAUGUAUCCAAGACUGGUGUGUCCAUGAAUCAGAAUGUGUUACGUCUCAUAUGACCAGGUCAUGUUGCAGUUUUGCAAUGUUCUGCUUUUCUUUUGGGACCAUGAUUAAUCAGCUUCCUGCAAAUAAGAGUAUUGUCAGAUGCAGCAGUGGAUAUAUGUUUUCAUUUGUCAUGCUCAAGGAAAAUCAUUUGUGAAUUGUUUUCCUUUGUAAAUAUUUGUGCGUUACCCAAUACAGCAUGGCUAAAACCAUGAAAUGAUAUUCAAUUUCAACAUGGAUGCCAGGGAUUUUUUUCAGAUCAUUUUCUCAUCACAAGAUGAUUCCCUUAAAGCCAUACAAAGGGUGUGUGUUUAACACACCCUUUUCUACCCAAGAAUUCUUAGAAUAAUAAUCCCGGGAGCUGUCAUUUAUGAGUCUGCCAUGAGGCAUCACAUGAUACAGCAGACCUGGAGAACAUCAUGAAAUAAUGAAGUUAAUUAAGUAUUAAAUGAUAUAACUGAGCUUUGAUGAUGACCCAGAUGAAACCUUUGGUACAUGAGAAAGAAAAUCCCACCUGCAGUAGUAAAUAUGUGUAUUUAUGCAGAAGCUACCGUGUUUCCCCGAAAAUAAGACAGUGUCUUAUAUUAAUUUUUUCUCCCAAAGAUGCGCUAGGUCUUAUUUUCAGGGGAUGUCUUAUUUUUCCAUGAAGAAGAAUUCACAUUUAUUGUUGAACAAAAAAAUGAACAUUUAUUAUAUACUGUACAGUAGUUAUCAUAAACUAGCAUAACCAGAAAAACUGUGAAUCCUAUCAAGAAUUUCUUGUUACUACCAAUAUUUCCAUGUACAACACUUUAUGGUACGUACAUUUACCGAUCCUGCAUGCUCUGGUGUUCUUUUUGGUGGGCAUGCUUCCUAACAAAAGCUUUGCUAGGUCUUACUUUCAGGGGAGGCCUUAUAUUUAGCAAUUCAGCAAAACCUCUACUAGGUCUUAUUUUCUGUGGAUGUCUUAUUUUAGGGGAAACAGGGUAUUGUAGUAAGACUAAAAUAAGUACAAAAAUUUCACCCUUUAAUGGUGUUGGAAAAUCUCAACUAUGAGGAAACUGCUUCAUUCUAGUCCUGUAAAUAUUUUGCUAGUAGAAGCGCUCUGGACUCUUCUACACUGGUCACUAUAUGGGCCCAAUCUGACAUUCCAAAUAGCAGAUCAGGCCCAUAUGGCAUCCAUUUAGGGACUCCCAAAACUGCCUUGGAGGCAGGAAGGAGUCCUAACUGUCUGGCCAUGGCGAACCUGUUCCAAUGCUACUGGGAAGCCACCCUAAGGAUCCUUACCCACCCCCUGUGUUGUGGCUAACUCCAGCUACAACACCCACCACCUAACUGGUCUCACUAAGGGAACUGGGAUUGGGGAAGGAGGAAAGCCGCCGCCCCCCACUCCCUCUUCUCCAUUAAUGUGUGGGUGCUCUGAUUGCAGACCCAAGAGAAGGUAAGUGGGGUCUUGCAGUUGAAGACGGCCAAGGCCAAUGACACAGAGGGCAACAGGGAACUACCAUCUGGUGUCCUCAGCUGCCCAAGACAUGCAGCAUGGCAUUCAAGACAGCUGUGGCCACUUCCAAUUAGGAACUGGCACAGCUUUCUUGACAGCCUCAAAGUUAAGGGAAAACCCAAAUCUUGGUCAGGAUUCAGGCUUUUCUCUGACUUGGCUUAACCCAAGGCAAGACUACAUUGAAGCAGGCUUGUCCCAGGUUAAGCAGCUUCAGAGCUGAUUCAAUCACUUUGGGCUGAUUGUCUGGUUACUUCUUGGGUUGAGGAUUCAGUGAACACUUUACAUUCUUUUGUUCAAGAACAGUGGUUCUCAACCAAUGGGUCCCCAGAUGCUUUGACCUUCAACUCCCAGAAAUCCUAACAGCUGGUAAACUGGCUGGGGUUUCUGGGAGUUGUAGGCCAAAACACCUGGGGAUCCCAGGUUGAGAACCACUGUUCAAGGAUAAUGCAAAUCUCUACCAGUAGUCCUCUGGAUAUUUCAGACUUCAUCUCCAAAAACCUUCAUUCGGCCUUCAGGAUUCUGGAAAAUGAAGUCUCAAAACAUGGAGAACCAUUGGCUACUGGUCUUUAAAAAUAAAGCAUAUCCUGAUAUUAGACAGAUUAUGAAACAAGUCCAUGACAUUUAAAUUCUUUUUAGAAAAUUCUGAUUGAGUCAAGCCAGAUAAAUUUUAAACAAGAAUUUGAACAUCUACUUUUUAAAGCUUUCAUUUUGUUCCAGUUUGGUUAUGGCUGAGAUCUGAUAUGGUAUUUUUUCAUGCUUGGUUGUGUCUACAAAUGCAGAACAAUGAGCUCAGUCUGGUGAUAGCCAACCAUAGAAUAACAAGACCAGACAUAGAAAGGCGGGUCAAGUAAGGCCACUUUGUUUGUCAUUUUAUAGUAUUUAUGUUUAUUAAACCUGAAAGCUGAAAGAUAGGAAAACAAACUGAUGUGGAUUCAUCUGACAACCAGUAUCUACUCUAGGUUAUAAUCUCAACCUUCCCUUGGGUUAAAUACCUGAGCCCUGAGGGCAAUCCAAAAGUUGGCUUGCUCCCUGGCCAGUCACUUACUGAAUGUGAAUGACAGUAAAAUCCAAGGUCAGUCUCACAGUAGAUUCUUUCCCUAUCCUUCUGGUUCCAGAAUCUGUAUAUGCCAUUCCAGAACCUUACUCUGCACCCAAAAGGUGUCCCAAGUGUACACCAAGGUUUCCUUGCUACUUGCCAAAUGGCAGCCUAUUUACAGAAAUCAUCUUGAGUCAAUCAUCAAGUCAACCUCUACUAUAGGGUAGGGUGAUCUGGCUGCAAUAUUUGUCACCCUAUUGAUCGCCAGGGUUGAUUUGGCAGAUCUGGCUGGCUAGGUGGAUGUCCCCUUCCUCCAUCACUGUUUCCUGUGUGUCCCUCCCGAAGCUGUGCACUCGGUGGAAGAGGACGAUGUCCCAGGUAUAGGACUGUACCAAGGUCUCCAGUCUUUGGUCCCUGGGACACAAUAGCUGUGUUACCCUGCUAGAACCUCCAAACAAGCUCAAGGUCCAUUUGUUAGGUUGGGAAAAAACAGCUAAAGAGGAGAAAAUCCCUACCUGGCUCUAAUGCAACCAGAAAACUCACACUAACCCUAUGAGCAAAAUAUUGUAAAUAUUACAAUGUUCCAAUUUCUGUGUUUUAAUUGUAUUUUUAAAAAGAAAAAGAAAAUGUAAUCUGAAGAAAUAUAGGCCCCAUGUCUACUUUUAUUUGCUAGCAAAGGGAAAUACAAAAUUUCCCUGUCAGACACUUUCAAAAUGCUCUAAUGUCAUGUAAAGACAUUAGAUCUGUGUUCUUAUGUGCACAGGUUUUGCUCCAUUUAUUUUAACUGAUUUGGUACAUUCUUGUAAUGCCCUUUGUUCCAAUGAAAUAGGAGUAGUUUCUCCUAAUCGGCAGUCCAUUGUUUCCUAUAAAGAAGGUGCAGUUACAUUGUAAAAUGAAUGCAAUUGGACAGCACUUUAACUAGUAUAAUGUCAAGUUUUAACUUUGUUUGUGCUUUUGAAAUACAUUAUAACUGUACCCUCAAUUCAUUUCUGACACAAUAAAAAUAAUCACUUUAACUGCCAUGGUCCAAUGCUGGUGAAUCCAGGAAUGUGCAGUUUGGUGUGGCACACUUUGGCAGAGAAGACUAAAGAACUUGUAAAACUAUCACUAUCAUGAUUCCCUCAUAUUGUUCCAGAGCAGUUAUAGUGGUGUCAAGCUGCAUUAAUCCUACAGUGUAGAUCAGUGGUCCCCAGGUGUUUUGGCCUACAACUCCCAGAAAUCCCAGCCAGUUUACCAGCUGUUACAAUUGCUGGGAGUCGGGCCUGUAGCGAGGGGGCGGUUUUAGGGGUUCAACCCCCCCCCCCCGAAAUUUUUCAGGUUAUAAAAAAAACCAGGUUUACUCAUGAAUUUUAACUGGUUAACCAAAUCCCCAUGCUAAGUCUAUGAGACACAAAACAUUAAGAGUCCCUCCAGGCACUAUUUCAAGCAGAUAUUGACAGGUUUGUAGCGGGGAGAGGUGUGUGCUAGGGGUUCAAACCCCCCCCCCCCCCGAAAUUUUCAAAACCCCUCCCGAAAAUUUUUUCUGGCUACGGCCCUGCUGGGAGUUGAAGGCCAAAACAUCUGUGGACCCACAGGUGAGAACCAUUGGUGUAGAUGUACUCUUAGUGAAGACAGACAUUGAAACAUCUCAUGGAUUGAACUGGGAGAACAAAAGUAAAGUUGCAGGAGAUGGGACAAAAGAGUGGAAAAUUGGAGAAAAUCUUGCUUUAAAGAAGAUUGGGCAAGUAAAGAUCCAUUUAGUGACCUCUAACCACACCACGAUUCACUAUCCUCACAUGCAGUGAUCAUACAGAAUGUUGCGCUGUAAGUGACCAUUAAAUAACUAUCUGCAACAGUUUGGGAAUGGUGCACCCCUCUAGAUGUCCAGUCUCAGCAUUUCACAGUAUUGGUUGUGCUGUCUAGGGCUUCUGGGUCUUGUGAGACUAGCAGUCCAAAAACAUCUGGAAGACUGAACAUGAUUUCCAUCCCUGGCCCACUGAUGACGUCUGGUGCAUGCUUUCAGAAUCUCAUGCUGUAAUCACACUGAAUUAUAGCAAUUUGACACCACUUUAUCUGCCAUGGUUUAAUCUUAUAUAUCUGGGAUUGAAAGUUUGAUAUGUGGCUAGAGCUGUUGCUUAUGAAGUUGAAAAUAAAUCGAUAUUCAUUACACUGUUGUGUGAGUUGAAAAAUAGACACAGCUUUCUUAAGAUCCCCAUUCCAUUCCUUCAAUCAAUUACCUUGUGCCAUUCAUUAGAAAGAAGAAAAGCAAUCACAGUUACUGUUGCAACAUAAAUUCUGCCACAUGUCACUGCAUUGUUUUUUGUUUUAUUUGCACUGUAAACAUUUUCUCAGCUCCUGGAAGGAAAAAAGGUAUUUUAUUGAGGUGAAUUUUAUAUGAAUUUUAAACAUCCAUCUAAACAUCUUACCAUUUUAUGAAGGAAAUAUUCCAGCAGUAAUCAAGUAGCUGCUUCAGUUAUCUUAACAGAUUCCUACUUGUCAGAAGACUUGCAUAAAGGUGUCAACGGUUCUGAAUAUAUGAAUGAUGCUAAAAGUUAUAUUCCUGUACUUGUACUGCAAGAAAUAUUUUAUUUUCAUUAGCUUCAAUGCAAACUAACACUUAAUGCUAUUGCUAUUGCAUACCAGGUCAUAUAUAUAUAUAUAUCUAUUCCAAUUAAGUAAUUUGAUUUUCACUUUCACCAGCUGUUAGGUUGUCAGGGAAGGGCACUUUGUUAGAAUGCAUGAUAGAGAUGUAAACUGGCAUAAAUCAAUAAAAAUGAUUUUUAAAUCAAA